AUGCCACUUCCAACUAUUGAGAGAUUUAAACAAAUCGCGAGUGAUUAUGAACGUAUGUGGGAUUUCCCAAAUUGUAUUGGGAGUAUCGACGGAAAGCAUGUUCGCAUAAAAUGUCCCGCUCAUUCAGGAUCCAUGUUUUUCAAUUAUAAAAAAUUUUUCUCCGUACAUCUUCAAGGUAUUACUGAUGCCAGGUAUAAAUUUAUUACGAUUGAUGUAGGAGAUUAUGGGAGACGAAGUGAUAGUGGUGUGUUUAUGGAAACUGGAGUCUACCGCCAUUUGGAAAACAAUUCAUUUAAUGUGGCACCUCCUAAACCAUUACCAGGGAUAAAUGAACAUGUUCCCCACGUUUUUCUGGGUGAUCAAGGUUAUCCAUUAAAAGAAUACUUAAUGAGGCCGUAUCCUACUAUGAAUAAUAUUGAUCCAGAAAAAGAAAACUUCAAUUAUCGCCUAAGUAGAGCUAGACGUUCUGUUGAAUGUGCCUUUGGUAUUCUAGUGAGUAAGUGGAGAUGUCUAAAGACUGAACUGCAAGUGGAACCAUGUCAUGUAGACACUAUUGUUAAAACUGUUUGCUUAUUGCAUAAUAUUGUGAUAGACAAGGAUGGUAUAAAGGAGUCCGUAUUAUUUAACAUCCAGAGCCAGACAGCUGAACACAGCUCCGAAACAGAACACAAUAUCACGAAUUUGAGACGUUUUAAUCGAUCGUCACGAAGAGCGUAUGAAAUACGCGAUAUUUUCAAACAGUACUUCAAAGACAAUAAUAAUAUUAAUAAACUCAAUGAUAGAGUAAAUUUGUAA